AUGUGUUCUGGACUCAUUGGUGGUCUUGGUUUAACUUCAAGCGCAAAUAUAGGUACCGAUGCAAGUAUUUUCGAAGCCGUUCAUGGAUCUGCUCCUGAUAUUGCUGGUCUUAAUAAAGCAAAUCCAACUGCUUUACUUUUAUCUUCAAUUAUGAUGCUUCGUCAUAUGUCGCUUUACCAAUAUGCUAAUAAAAUAGAAUCCGCUAUUUUUAACGUUCUAUCUCUUGGAAAAACUGUUACUUCUGAUCUGGGUGGCCAUGCUUCCACUCAACAAUAUACACAGGCAAUCAUAGAUCUUCUCAAAUAG